UGCACACACACGUACGCACGCUCACGCGCGCGCGCACACACACACACAUACUCUAAAUCUAUAAUUGCAUCCAUGCAUAUGAACAGCACGGGGACGUUAUUCUACAUCAUAUCACACUGCGUUACAUGGCGUCCUUUCCAGCGACGCACUUGCUCGCGUUCUCCGUUUCUGACCCAUAGGAUCGUACAUUUUGACUUGCACGCGCUGCUGAUUUGAGUCUGUCAUCACUGUGGACACAUUGUAACAUGCAGUGAAGCUCUGACGCGAAGGCUAUGGGUCCAGGUACAGCCUAUCCGAAUAUUGCCACCAUCGGAGAUUUUUCAGCACCAUCCCGAUAUGCGAGGUAUGUGGGAUGUAAAUAAAAGAAGCGCAUGAUGUGGCUUUCCCUCGAGGAUGUUUGCUGAUGGACAGAAUUAGUUUUGAGGAUACAAUCCCACAACAGACCCAGGACCACCAGAGACAAUGAGACCUUUGAUUUUAAGACUGACAUUCUUCUGGUAAUAAAAAGAAGAACCCGGAACAUACAAUCAUUUUACCUUCUGAAUAUCAGCAAAUCUGUCAGGCCAGAGUAUGCCAUCUGCACCAAUUUACAGAAUCCUACGACCCCUCCUGCUUGGUAUCUUUUUAUUAGGAUGCUUUGUGACUUUGUUUUUAAUGUACAUCAAACCAUCUACGAGCUGGUUGUCAGGCCCGGUCGAGUCAGAAACAUCCACAGCCCGAGUGAAGAGUCUCCUUUCCACCAGAAGUGAACAGAACCAGACCACCAUCCUGGUAUGGCUUUGGCCUUUCGGUGAAACUUACGACCUGAACGUCUGUAGCUCUUUGUUCAGUAUUGAUGGCUGCUUCAUCACUGCCGACCGAAACCUUUACAACAAAUCUGACGCCGUGGUCAUACAUCACAGGGACAUCACCAGCGACCUGUCCAACAUGCCACCGAUGUAUCGGCCCACGUUGCAGAGAUGGAUUUGGAUGAACUUUGAAUCACCUUCUCAUUCAUCUCAGUUACCUGGAAUUGAAAGCUUGUUUAAUUUGACUCUAAACUAUCGGCGGGAUGCUGAUAUAGAAGUGCCUUAUGGAUCGAUUGUCGCAGCCCAAGGAAAGGAGGACUUUGUGCCACCAAGCAAGAACAAGCUGAUUUGUUGGAUCGUCAGCAAUUGGAACCCAGACCACGUCAGAGUGAAAUACUACAAUGAACUCUACAAGCACAUCGAGGUUCAUGCAUACGGACAAGCAUUUGGUGAGUACAUUUCCGACCAGGACUAUUUUCCUACAAUUGCAAGCUGUAAAUUCUAUUUGGCAUUUGAGAACUCAGUUCACAAAGACUAUAUCACUGAGAAAUUGUACAACCCACUUUCCAUCGGCACCGUACCCGUGGUGCUUGGACCACCAAGGGAGAACUAUCAGAACUUUGUGCAGGGAAAUGCUUUCAUCCACGUCGAUGACUUCUCAUCUCCAAAGGAGCUGGCUGAUUACCUCCUGUUCCUUGACAAAAAUGAGGAGCUUUACCUGAAGUACUUUGACUGGCGUAAACACUUUAAGGUGAAAAAGGCGUACUUCUGGGCUGAACACACAUGUCUGGCUUGCGAUUACAUUAGAAGGCACAAUGAGUACAAAGCAAUUAACAAUCUUGACAAAUGGUACUGGGGUUAAUCCACAACUGAACCACUGGACCAGCUUAAUGAAAGUUGCUUGACAAUAAGAGCUUCAUGUAACUUAAUUCAAAUGAGGGUCUGUUUUGAGCACUUUUAUUUUUGUAAAAUGUCCCAAAGUAGAUGUACAUUUAUUUUGUGUUCGGUUUCAUGUGUUUAUUAAUCUGGAUACAAAUUAUGCAUUUUAGAAUUUAAUAAGUUUGUAUUUAUUUGGAAAGCUGAUUUUGACCAAAAUGCACAAAAAGGGAUAUUUCACCCAAAAACAGAAAUUCUGUCAGUUACAUACAUACUUGUUGUUCCAAUCCUGUAUGACUUUCUUUCUUCUGUGGAGCACACACACAAAGAUAUUUUGUAAAUUAUAUUUUAGAUCAAAACA